AUGGCGCAACCUUCAACUCCCGGCCACGCGCCGGCAUCAUCCAUCUUUGGUGGCCCAGCAGCCCAUGCCGGGGCCCCAAUCCAUCCAAAUUCUGCUAUCACCAGCUUGACAUUGUCAGGAACGCCAUCAAUGAAUGCUGCCCCAAUCCCGACUCCGACCUCUGCAGCCUCAUCGUCGAACAACACCUACAUCAUGCCAAACUCCCCGGCCAGGACCCGGCCUGUCGCGGAUGGAUACCGUCCAAAAAUCACACGCACUUUGGGCCAACGGCCUGCCUGCUUAGUGAAUGCAUCUGUGACAUACUGUGGGAAUAAUCAAAUAUAUGCCUUUGGCGGAUUUGACCAGUACACAGAUGAAGUAUAUAACCAUGUGCUUCGCCUGGACCUCAUAAGUCACCAGUGGAGCUUGGUCGACAACUACGGUGAUAUUCCUGGCGUAAGAAUGGGCCAUACAGCCACUUUAUAUCAAGGCGACAAGCUCCUAGUCUUCGGCGGCGAAAACGAGCAUCGAACGUACCUCUCCGAUCUCAUCGUCUUCGACCUCAAAACUGCUCACUGGACUCAGCCACAAGUAUUCGGCCCUAUUCCCAAAGGCCGAGCCAGACACGCCGCCGUUUUGCAUGAGGACAAGCUCUUCAUCAUUGGUGGCAUUACCGGUCAGAACAAUUAUGUUCUAGAUGACAUCUGCUAUCUUGAUCUCAGGACUUUUACCUGGUCCAAGGCAUGGCGAUUCGUCGGCCGGUUCGAUCACUCCGCUUAUAUUUGGAAUGACCGCGUUUGGGUGUUUGGAGGUCUGAGCGAGGAUAUGGACAAGAUCAGUGACCUGUGGUGGUUAGAUCUGAAAGGGUGUCCAGAAUUCGAUCCUCGACCGCACAUAGGUGUGUUUGACCGCAACUCUGCGGCAAGUAGAGCAAGCGGUUCUCCUCGCCCACCUUACACAAUGGCACCUGCUCCAGUCGUUGGUUCAUCUGGCUAUGCUGCAAACUCAAGAACUGCGCAGGUAAACCCGCCAUCAUUUCAGUUGAAGACCUACGCCCCAAUGGCUCCAGGAACUAUAUCCGCGGUAAAAUUCAUGUUCGGACAGGCACUCCCAUCUCAAGGCUCUGGAAUUCACUAUCAUCAGUAUGCCUCUGGCACCCUACUCGAUUUUGUAACACCAGCAGCUACUAUCAGUCCAAGAGAGUGUUCGUUGUCGGUCUUGGAUCUGAAUACUCUGAGAUGGCAGAAGUUAGCCGAGGGCCGAGAAAUAUUUAAAUCUGGAUAUAGGUGGCACUACUGUACCAUGAAUGAGGAUGGCACCAAGGCGUGGCUUCUUGGUUGUCCGACUGAUCUGGCCUCGACUGAUAUGGGUACAAAUGGAUACGAAGAGUAUCUCAGUGAUAUCAUGGAGAUUGAUUUGCGAAGAUACGGCUUCCUCGGUAACCAUAUGACUCCAGAGCCUCGAGCUGCAUCACGGCCACUAGCUCAUUCAAGGGCAUUUGACCAGCCAUCAAAAGGAUUAGGUGGCGACCUUGCCAAGCUUUUCAACCAACCGCCGGAAUCCGGAAGUGGCACAGAUUUCAUAAUCACUGCACUUGCUGAAGAUUAUGAAGACGACGACGUUCUCAGCUCUGGCUUGUUUCGCUCCAAGUCUUCAUCACGGGACGAAAAUUGGCUUGCGUCAGAUGCCCCAACAUCACAGCCAAUACAUGUCCACAAGCUCAUCUUGCAAGCACGCUGGCCUCACUUUGCACGGCUAUACAACGCCCAAAUGGCGGAAUUCCAUACCAAAAAAAUGCACAUCCCCGAGCCAUACUCGGUAGUAAAGGCCUUUCUCCUUUACCUCUACACGGACAGCAUCCAUGGAACGCUUGAGGCCGAUAGUGACGCCACGACAGAUCUCUCGGACGUGGCUGGUCUUCUAGUCAUGUCCAACAUUUAUAACAUCCCUCAUCUAAGAUUGCUCUGUGUCAACCGACUUGCCAAAGAGAUGGACGUCGAAAAUGCAUGCGUCAUCUGGUACUGCUCAGGCUUGGCUAGUGAGGAGUGGCUGCGCAAGCGUGCAGCUAUGUAUUGCAUGACUCACUGGGGGCGCAUCGUUCGCACCCAAGGCUUCCUUCGGCUCCCUCGCUCUGCGCUUGUUGAGCUUUCACAAGAAAUCGACAUGGAGGGCCGCGUAGUUGCCGGCGAAGACUUGGAGUGGGGCGGCAUGAAUGCGAGGUACGGAGACGGGAGCCACGGUGGCCGAAAGGGGAGCAUCAGCAGCAACCAUCAGAUGAUGGAAUCUGAUGCCGACGAUGAUGAGGGCAUGGAAACCAACUAA